AUGCCUGUGGAGGAUGCACCCGCGACACAUGGAGUAAAAAAUACCGAAGCGAUCCUUACACUUCCAUUCGAAUCGGCUAGACACGCCGAAAUUGCUUAUCGCGUACUCAGAGUAGACGAAGAGCCAAGAAGAAAUUUUGUUACAAAGAAGAUUGCUUUAAAGGAAGAUAUAUUGGAAGUGCAUUUUAUCGCUGACCAGGUGAAAAAUUUAAGGACAGCUAUCACCUCAUUUUUUGAAAAUCUUCUUUUGUGCCGGGAGACAAUAAAAAACUUUGAUUUGGAAAAUGCCGGAGCAUUCACCAGCACCGACUCCUCAUAG